UCUUCACGGCAUUCCACUUCUUGGCCGAAUUCCAUACUUUCAACGAAUGAUCCAUGUGGACAACAAAGUCGAACACAAGGCCUUAUAUUACAAGUACAUCCACGAACACUAAUGCGAUUGAAACCAUCUUCCGAAAUAUAAUCGAUCGCUGCAUAUUGAUCUUCCGAAUAUUCGAUGCCAUCGAAUAUAAUCUUGCCAUUUUGAUGUUCAAUACCACCGGUUAUGUUGACUGAAUCAACGAAAUCACAACGUAGUUCACGAUUGAUUAAAUCUUCACCACUCUUAUUUGAAGACGUUAAACUAAUGGCUAGACUUAAUAAACACACACUGAACCAAUUCAUGAUCUAAAUAAUUUCUUCUUCUUUAUUUAUUUUCGAAGUUAUUCUUCGUCGAAAUUCGAUUAAAACGUAGUAGGACUGAACCGAAAUUUGUUUUCUUUUCCCAUACUUCAAAAAACCGAAAAAAAUAUUCAGUGUGCUCAUGGUUUGAUGAGCCGAUACAGUUUUGACAAUGAUUCCAUUGCGACUAAUCAAUACGUCGGUUGACAUAUUAGUUUGAUUCAGACUGAAUUUCAAACUCAAACUGUCCAUGAAUCAAUACCAACGAAAUUAUAUGUCACACUCAUUGUUGAUCGGUUACUAUGUUCAAAAGGUCAGGAAAGUUAAUUCAUAAUUGGAAUGUGAAAUUGAUAUGAUUUUGACUCCAGCAGAGUUCAAACGAUGGAUUACGCAAAAUAAAUAACUGCGUUUUAAGUGGAACUCUUUGAAUUGGGCAGACAGUCAUAUGGUCACAAGUUGGACUUCAUACAGAUAUGAAUGCGUGAGCACAAAAGAGCAACUUUGAUUUGGAAUAUUUUGAAGCGUGAAAUGUGAAGCGAAAACACGUAUACUUUUGCAUGGAGAUGUUUUUAUUGCUGAUAUUUUUGCUCUUGUCAGAAAAAAGAAAUUUCUUUGUGUCCAAAGCAAAGCAUAUUAAAUUAUCAAAAAUUAUGCAUGGCAGUCUGCAUACAAAAAUGAUCAUUCAUCAAACAUUCUUAACAAUUAUGGAGAGGAAGACAUACAAUGAAAAUGCGAUUUUUGUUCUGAUGUCAAAUGAUAAUUUUUAUAACAGUGAAACGCAUCCGUUUUGAGUAGAUAUUUACCUUAAAUGAAAUUAUGAAGACAAUACACAAUGGGAUGAUCAGUUUAUUUGAACCAGAAAUUUAUCUCAUUGCAUACUCAUCUAUCCCAAUUUUGAUUCGUUUGCUAGCUUAUCCGUUGUCAAUGACUCAAUGAAUAUCAAUUUUUUUUUGUUCAAUUCUUUUCGUAUGUCCAUUUCAAUGUCUGUUGCUCUUAAAAACAUCUUUUUCUUAUUAAUCUUCAUUUUUCUCUACUUCAGUAUGUAUCUAUUGCUGCAUUGUGUAUAACUUUGAGUUAAUGAUCUAAUUCUGAAGGAUUUUCGUUCAUUUUCGUUUUUGUAUUUUUACUUGGUUUUUGUAUAGGUGAAAUUAUUAAUUUGCAAAAUCAAAAUUUCAUAUCAUUUUAACGGACGGGUUUGAAAUAAACUCAACGAAUUUGCUCAAAAGAGAGCAACUAAUCGACAUACACUAGUGUAUACAUUCGGUGACGUUGUCAACUUAACGAUAUGUCAUACACACAGGAAGCGUUUGCAUCGCAGUAUCAAUGCGGUAGGAUAUACUGAGCUUGCCAUUGCUCAAUGAGUCACAGAGUGAGGCAGACAUUUUGAAAGAAGAGACGCAGAAAAAAAAUUAAUCAUAUUUUCAGCAGCAAUAACACAUCGACAGAUCAUUUUACGACAAAAUGAAGCCAUUCAAAGGUGUUUGUGGCAAACAAUGCAAGCGCAAGUCAAGGUUGGCAACGAUUGAAGUUAAGCAAGAGCCGGUGAUUAAAGAAGAGAACAUCAACGGCGGUGACGAUGUCAUGAACAUAUCACGGCCUCGAGUUGAGGGAGGAUAUCGUGCGAAUUACCAAGGACCAGUCGACUUUGAAUGUGAUUUUGAUGGGAUCAAAGUUGAGGUCAAGUGCGAAAAAGAAGAUACGGGCAAGGAAAAGGACAUGGCACCUUGUGGACGAUCGAAUGAAAGCGCCGCCAAUGAUGUUGGAAACGAAGAGCCUAUGAGUAAUGCAAUCGAUGGUCAACCACCGCAACCAGUUGACAAUGGGAAGAAACGGAAUGGAAGCUCCAAACGACGAAACAAACGAACGAUUCCCAGGAAUCAAGCGGCCAAAAAGCAAAAGAAACACAAAUGCCAUGUGUGCAAUUAUUUGGCAGGUUACAAGUCUGAACUCAUAAGACACUUGCGAAUUCACACUGGAGAAAAGCCGUUUCAGUGUGAUGUUUGUUCGAAGUCCUUUGCACAAAAAAUUCAUUUGAACCGUCACAAGAAAACACAUGGUCCGAAGCUUCAGUUUCGUUGUUCAAAAUGUAAUGGUGGAUUUAGGCAAGAAUCAGACAAGACCGAUCAUGAAAGACUAUGCGAUCCCCAUCAAUUUCAAUGCGAUAUUUGCGGAUAUCACACCGUGAUGAAAUCCAUUUUGACAGUUCAUAUGCGGAUUCACAGCGGAGACAAGCCGUUCGAGUGCUCAAUUUGUUUCAAGUCAUUUAAAACCAAGUCUGCUCUCCUAAGGCAUUCAAUGGUCCACAAAGAUGUAUUGCCGAAUGCUUGUUCCAAAUGUGGCCGACGAUUCGCCACACCAGACUAUAAGGAAACACACGAAACACGCUGCCGAAGAAGUCUAUUUGCAUGUAAUCAGUGUCGUUACAUUACUGUUUACAAGCAAUCAUUGAUGAGGCACAUGCAAUCAAAACACGGAGCCAAAAGAUCGAUCGAAUGUGAAAUUUGCAACAAACAAUUCGUCCACCAAUUAAAAUUGAACCAACAUUUGUUAUCAACACACAGCGAUCAAUUCCCAUUCCAAUGCUCCAAAUGUUUUGGAGGAUACGCAACUGAAGAUGCGAAAAAGGUUCAUGAAAAUCGCUGUGGCCACCGUCAGUAUCAAUGCCAUUUGUGCAAAGAGUUUCGUCGAGGCAAAGAUGUUUUGAAGAUUCACAUGCGAAAAGAUCACACCGGAGAGCGGAUUCAAUGCAAAGUGUGUGCAGCAAGCUUUGCCAGUAAAGGUGAUGCCAAUCUCCACAUGAAAGCAGUUCACCGUUUGAAGAAGAAAUAAGUCACACAUUCAAGGUUUAUUAGAAAGUACUUAGUACUAAUUUCAAAGUAGUAACAAUAGUACCUAUACUUUUUCUGAAUAGUAGACACAUUAACUUUUAUUUCAUGUACUUGAAAAACCUUUGUUUCAGUCAUUUGAACUUGAUAUUUUGCAUCCUUAACUGACAUUAAUUGAUGAAUAAAACUGAAAUAAAUUGGAACAAA